AUGGAGGAAGGGAGAGGAGGACAGGGUGAUACGAAUCAGCAGCAAGAUCACCGCCGUUUGCAGCCGCCUGAUCAGGGUCAAGUGCGUCAAAAUCAUAAUCAACUGGCGCCUCCGCAUCCGCCACUUCCACAAAAGUGCCCACGGUGUGAUUCUGUGAACAUCAAAUUUUGCUAUUAUAACAACUACAGCCUCUCUCAACCCCGAUACUAUUGCAAGAGUUGCAGAAGGUACUGGACUCAGGGAGGAACCUUGAGAAAUGUACCCAUCGGAGGUGGAUGCCGGAGGAAGGGUAAGCGACCCAAAACCUCAACGUCUUCAAAUGAUAGUGAGAUUUCAAGAACUCAACCUCUAACACUACCACUUCCAUCACAAAUGCAUGUGUCACAGAAUUUAACUACUAUGGCUGCUCUGAUUUCGGGUAAUUCUGGGUUAUUACCCGUUAAUCAAUCCUCGAGGAGUUUGCCGCCGGUGAUUUCACCAAUAGGUUCUUUCUAUUCUGGUGGUUCUUUUUUGUCCAUGCAACCAGUCAACAUGGGUGACGUCCCUGGCGGCCUACUUGGUGGUGCAAAAAGGGCAGAUUUCCCAGGGAUAAAUUUUCCAUCUGUGGACUCUCAAUCGUCACAAUUCCAACUGCAGAACGAAUUAGUUCCAGCGCAGAGGACAUUGGAAUCUUGGACUCAAAUCUUCGUCAACAACAGCGCCACCUCUUCAGCCCCAAGCCCUAAUUUCUGGAAUAACGCCACUUCUGGCAGCGACGGAGGUGGGUCAUCCAUCAACCCAAAUUCAUGGCCUGAUCAGUGA